AUGGCACCAGUUCACGAUGAAUUGCAAAGAACUUUGUGAGUUUCACCCUUGAUUUUGCCAGAUUUUGAGAUUUUUGUGUUCAGGAACCCAACUUGCACCGGAGCGUCGGUGAUUGCGAUGCAAUACAAAACUGGAGUUGUUGUGAUGACUGAUCGUGUUGUUUCGUAUGGUAAAAUGGCCAGAUACAAGGUGAGUGAUGGGAAAUUUGGGAAAAAUUGGGUUUUUCGUGGAAAAUCGAAAAUGAUGAUUGCUUCCGCGUGGCGGCCACGUGGAUUACUAUAACGUAGAAUAUCAGUACGAUUUUUCGAAGUCAUAGUAAUCCGCGUGGCCGCUGCGCGGAAGAUAGUGCCGCUGACGCGGAAGCUUGCGGUCUACACUCGCUUCGCUCGAACAAAAUAAUAGUCUGGACCGCAAGCUUCCGCGUGGCGGCCACGUGGAUUACUAUAAUGUGUAGUAAUCCGCGUGGCCGCUGCGCGGAAGCUUGCGGUCCAUAGACUUUUUCGAGCGAAGCGAGUGUAGACCGCAAGCUUCCGCGCAGCGGCUAAGUUAUCAUAACUUCUACAGAAAAUCUAGAAAGUUAGGGUAACUUAGCCGCUGCGCGGAAGAUAGUGCCGCUGACGCGGAAACUUGCGGUCUACACUCGCUUCGCUCGAAAAAGUCAACUUUCGUGCUGAAAAAAGUUCGAGCGAAGCGAGUGUAGACCGCAAGCUUCCGCGUCAGCGGCACUAUCUUCCGCGAAGCGGCCACGCGGAUUAAUACACGUUAUGGUAACACAUUAUAGUAAGCUUGGGUAAAGCUUUGCCACGUCAUAACUCAUAUUUAGAGUUGAAGAACAAGAAAAAAUCGAAAAUUUCUUCCGAAACAACGAAAAAUUAUCGAUUUUCUAUGAAAAAUCCAAGUUUUUCUGAAUAAGUACCCUUGUAAGCUGUUAGAUUUCAAUGAAAACCAGUUUUGAAGCUAGUUUUGUUCGAGCGGAGCGAGUGUAGACCGCAAGCUUCCGCGUAAGCGGCACUAUCUUCCGCGCAGCGGCUAAGAUACCCUAACUUCUUCGGGUAAUUGAGGAAGUAGUGGUAACGUAGCCGCUUCGCGGUAGAUAGUGCCGCUGACGCGAAGCUUGCGGUCUACACUCGCUCCGCUCGAACAAAAUAUUAUUUUGAGUGUAGACCGCAAGCUUCCGCGCAGCGGCCACGCGGAUUACUACACGUUAUAGUAAUCCACGUGGCCGCCACGCGGAAGCUUGCGGUUUAAAGACUAUUAUUUUGUUCGAGCGAAGCGAGUGUAGACCGCAAGCUUCCGCGUCAGCGGCACUAUCUUCCGCGCAGCGGCCACGCGGAUUACUAUAUAGUAAUCCACGUGGGGGCCACACGGAAGCUAGUUCUAGCCCCAAAUCUUCUUUCCAGAACGUCUCGCGUCAAUACAAAGUCAACGACAACGUUUUGGUGACAUUCGGCGGUGAUCACGCCGAUUUCCAAUGGCUUCAAAACGUCAUCGAACGACAAGUCUUGUUGUGGAAACGUUUCGAUCAAGACAUCGGGCCAAAAGCGUUGCACGGCUAUUUGACGAGUCUGCUCUACGCGCGCCGCUGCAAAAUGAACCCGUUGUGGAACACUUUGGUGGUUGCCGGUGUUGAAGAAGAGGAGAAGAAUAAUAAGGAGACAAGCACACCGUUCAUUGGAAUUAUCACACAAAAGGUGGGGAUUUUUCCAACGCGCUCCACCGAAAUAAACACGCAACGCAGACCGCGUCGCGUCACAACGAUUCAAAUUCCCUCCCUUUUUGUGUGUGGCGUGGCGCGACGCGGUCUGCGUUGCGUGUUUAUUUUGGUGGAGCGUGAGAGCAAGUUCUAGAUUUUCUCAGAGUUAACCCAAGUUCUUUCCAGGGUUGCGCCUAUCAAGUCAAACACGUUGCCACUGGUUUGGGAGCGUUUCUUCUCAAUCAAGCGGUUGAAGAUGAAUUCCGAAAGAAGGGCGAUGAAUUGACGCGCCAGGAAGCCGAGGCGGUUUUGAAGAAGGCGCUCGAACUCACACUCUAUCACGAUUGUGUUGCGGAUAAUGAUUUCGAAAUCGGACGUGUCGAUGCGAAUGAGGGAGUUGUUCUUGGAAAAGAGCAGACUAUUAUUGGAGAUUGGAGCAUUGCUGAAACCAAUUGUCAAUAUGAAUAA